UUCUGUCAAACUUUCCAUCGUCGCCGAGCUUCAAAAUUCCCCUUCCUUUCACCUUCCUCGGAUCCCCUCACCUGACCUGAUCCAAAUUCCCACCUGCACCGCCGCCGAACACCAUCUUCUCCUCCGCCGCCGCCGCCGCCGCCGCUACCAUGUCCUUCUCCCAGUCCUUCGCCCCCGGCCCUGCCAGGCACCAACCUCAGCCCUAUCACCUCGAUCCUCCCCCCCACCACCCCCGCCGUCGCCGCCGGGAGGACGACGAGCCGUACCACCCCUACCCCCAGCCACGCCCCUACACCAACGCCGCCGCCAUCCCCUACCCCCACCCCCGCGACCCGCUCGCGCCCUCCCGCCACCUGCAGGACCUGGCCUCGGCCCCGCCGCCGCCAAAGCGGUCUCGCCGCGCGCCGGAGCCGCCCCGGCACGAUCCACCUCCCGCGGCGCCGACGAGGCAGCCCGAGGACGGCGACGCGCUGCUGUCGCGGGACGAGCUCGAGCGGCGCUCGCCCUCGCGCAGGGACGGGAUCGACCCGGCCUCCGAGGCCAGGCUGCGCGCCUCCUACUGCGCCUACCUGCGCUGCCUCGGCUUCCGCCUCGGCCUGCCGCAGAUGACGGUCGCCACGGCCACGGUGUAUUGCCACCGCUUCUUCUUCCGCAGAUCGCACGCCUGCCAUGACAGAUUUUUGGUUGCGACUGCAGCAUUGUUUCUGGCGUCAAAGACAGAGGAAUCAACAUGCCUUUUGAAUACUGUUCUUAGGGCUUCAUGUGAAGUUUCUCAAAACCAAGAAUUCAAUCUCCUUCCUUACAUGCUGCGCGGUCAAAACUGGUUUCAACUUUACCGAGAAAGUGUAAUACAGGCGGAGCAAAUGAUACUUACAACACUUGAUUUUGAACUUGAAGUGGCCCAUCCAUAUGCUUCACUUUCAUCCGCUUUAAGCAAACUAGGACUUUCACAUUCCGCUCUAUAUGAUGUGGCUUGGAGUCUCAUUAAUGAAGGGCUUCGGAGUUCUCUCUGGCUUCAGUUCAAACCCCAUCAUAUUGCUGCUGGAGCUGCAUUCCUUGCUGGAAAAUUCCUCCGCUAUGACAUUACCUUUCACCAAAAUUUCUGGCAUGAGUUCAAAACGGCACCACCCAUUGUUCAAGAUGUUGUCCAGCAGUUGAAGGAGCUACUUUAGGAGAUUCCGUAUGUUUGUUUCUGUAUACAAACACAUGGUUUUGUGACCAUUGUUACAAAUAUGUAUACCUUGACAUGUGGGCAAUACGUCUCGAACUUCUGGAUAUCAUUAGUAGUUUGAGAAUAUACUCGUUCUUUUUCAUUUAUAUUCUACAAUCAAAGAGUGUUGCCAUGUACCAAAAGGAUAAAAGUUCUAUCCAAAGUUUUUAUCACUUAUUCUUUUUUUUGGGAAAGUGUGCUACAUGUUUUGGAGGCAUGUAAGUUUUUUUUGUUCCUUUAGGACCCGGACUCUUAGUUAAGUUCGUAUGGUUGGGUAUGGCCACCUUCCACGAGCGUGCGCAUGUCCUCAGUUGCUUGCUUCCUGCCUCCCUGAUUCAUUUACCACGCUCGCCAGAGAAGGACGGAUGACGGCAGACGCACCUCUUCGGCUGAACUGCUUGAGGAGGUCAGCCGGUUGGUUUGUUUGCUUUUUUUCAUGUAGUUUUUGCUGUUCCUCAUCUUGUCUUGCAGAUAUGCACCUGUGUGAUGAUUAGGACAGUGGCAGCUCAAGAGGAGGCCAGGGCAACCAUAUUGACAACGCAGACUCAGCUUACCCUGGAGGGCAGUCCCAAGGCCUUGGUGAUCCUCUCCUUUUUGUGAUGCCACGUCUCCAGUUUCAUUCCCCCAAGCAGAUUACUAUGAAGUGCCUCCACUUCAUCAUAUCAGCAUUGGCUCCAUCCGCGUGCUGUUGGAAGCAUGCCAAG